AUGUAUUCUCACACCUUAUGCCGCCGUGCUGUCUCAUCAGCUGUUUCUGCUGCAAUCCGACAGCCCAAGAGACAUGGAAAGUUUGCUACCGCUGCCGCUGCCAUUGCGACCAACGCCCGUCGCUGCUACUCCAUGGCCGUCGAUGAUGGGAUCUCGAAUCUGCCUUUGGCGGGCUAUCGCGUCUUGGAUAUGACACGGGUUUUGGCUGGGCCAUACUGCACGCAGAUCCUGGGAGACCUUGGUGCAGAGGUUAUCAAAAUUGAGCAUCCGACGCGCGGGGACGACACACGUGCAUGGGGGCCACCGUAUGCGCCUUACACUUCAGACUCACAGCUACAGGGACCAGGCGAGUCGGCAUACUUCCUCGCUGUGAACCGCAACAAGAAGUCUCUGGGGCUCUCGUUUCAACACCCCGAGGGCGUCGAAAUUUUGCACAAGCUCGCCGCAAAAUGCGACGUUCUCGUUGAGAAUUAUCUACCCGGCAGUCUGGCCAAGUACAAUAUGGACUAUGCUGCGCUGCGCAAAAUCAAUCCAGGUCUCAUUUACGCGAGUAUUACGGGAUAUGGCCAGACUGGGCCGUACUCUAGCCGGGCAGGCUACGACGUCAUGGUCGAGGCCGAGUUUGGCCUGAUGCACAUUACUGGAAGUCGAGAUGGGCCACCCGUCAAGGUGGGUGUGGCUGUCACGGAUCUGACCACGGGACUGUAUACGUCCAAUUCCAUCAUGGCCGCCCUGCUCGCGAGAGCAAAGACGGGAAGAGGGCAGCACAUUGAUGUGGCGCUCAGCGAUUGCCAAACCGCGACGUUGGCCAACAUUGCGAGCAGCUGUCUAAUCAGCGGGAAGAAGGACUCUGGAAGGUGGGGGACGGCACAUCCCUCGAUUGUACCCUACAAGUCGUUCAAGACAAAAGAUGGGGAUAUCUUACUUGGGGGUGGCAAUGACCGCCUCUUUGGCAUUCUGUGCGACGGCGUGGGACGCCCAGAGUGGAAGACGGACCCCAAGUACGCCGUCAAUGCCCAGAGGGUGGCCAACCGGGUCGAACUCGAGGGACAGAUUGAGGCGAUCACUGCCCAGCGCACGACGCAGGAAUGGCUCGAUGUGUUUGAAGGCUCAGGUAUGCCGUAUGCGGCCGUGAAUGACGUACAAGGGACGCUCCAGCACGAACACACCAUUGCUAGAAACAUGGUGGUCGAGAUGGAACACGACCAGUGCGGUACCAUAAAAAUGGUCAACACGCCGGUCAAGUAUAGCGAGAGUGAGCCAAGAAUCCGGAGUCCUCCUCCAACGUUGGGUCAACAUACAGACGAGGUUCUGCGCAAUGUUUUAGGUUUCGAGCAGGACAAGAUUGCCGGAUUGAAGGACAAAGGCGCCAUCCGGUGA